AUGUCGUUUCUUGGAUUCGGUCGUCCCCAGCCCACGUCGGCAGAGAAGAUUGCCGCCGUCGAGGCCGAGAUGAAGCUCUUGACAGAGAUGCACAACCGUUUGACCCGCGUCUGCGCAAAGAAGUGCGUCCCCAACGACUACCGCGAAGGCGAGCUCAACAAGGGCGAGAGCGUCUGCCUCGACCGGUGCGCCGCCAAGUUCUUCGACGUCCACAUGAAGGUCUCCGAGAUGAUGCAGCAGGAGGCAGCGGCGAGGGGAGGCGCUGCUGGUGGCGGCGGUGGCGGUUUCGGCUUCGGUGGUUAA